CCAAAACGCGCGAAGGACCAUAAUUUUUGUGUGUGUGUACGCAGAGGAUGAUGAUGAUGGUGAUUGCUGCGCUCGUGACGCUGACCGCUGCUGCUGUAGCAUGCCUGACACCACACCAAUGUGCAGCAGACUCUUUCCCAGCUGGACAGCAGUGCCCAAGCAACCAUUCAUUGAAGCUGGUGUACUCGCACUACCAUGGGAAUGCGCACUGCGUGUGUCCCUUGGGGGAAGUGUGUGUGGGCAGCGCGUGCAGUGUAGGGCAGGCACAGAACGGCCAUUCAUUCCAGCAUAACCGGCAUGGCUUCCAGUCCACGUGCGAGGAUUGCCACUGUCUCCACCAAGAACAGGCGCCAGACUUUUCAACGCUGCGCGACCGCCAUAUCUUGUGGAUUCUGGGCACACACCACAAGACGGGGAGCUUCCUGACACAGAACAUGUGGGGCACACUUCGACGCCUCGUAUCGCCGCCUCUCAAGAUCUUCUCUUCACAGUUCCGCCCAAUCACUGAGGAACAAUGGCGCCAGCUUGGAGACGACGUCGAUGUCGUUGUCACCUUCCACGCACAGCACAUCAACCAAACCCUGCUGCGCUGGAUCGAGCGACCCUACCGUUUCGUGCACAUUGUGCGUGAUCCCGUUGCCGCCAUCGUGUCCGCGUACCUCUACGAGACCCAGCGUCCAACCGCCCACGACAACUUCCACAAGGUGGCUGUCCAUGCACCCAACAUGUCCGCUGGCUUACGAGACAUGGCAGACGCCAUGCAGCCCGAACUAUUGGCGAUGGAGGAGCAGUUUGCUGCGACGGAGAGAGACCACUUUGGGCUGAACGUCAAGUUGGAAGACUUCACAACCAACUUCAACGACACAAUUCACCGCAUCUUCAGGUCAGGGAAGAGAUGGGUGGACAUACGGGAGGGAGAGGGGAUGCAUGGGAGGACGUGGUGAUGACGGUGACUAUACAGUGGGAUGUGACUGCUGUAUUGUACCCAUGCGUUUGAUGUGGCACGAUGCUCCUGGCUGCUUCUGAUGAUAUCAAAGAACUGUGCAACACGGGAAUGUUGCGCUGUUGCUGCUGCUGCUGCUGCUGCUGCUG